AUGGGUCUGUCCUUCAGUGCCCAGCUCCGGGCGAGCAUCGCAGCAGUCAAGUGCCUCACUGGGCACCACGACAAGCACCACACCAGACGCGACCCGUUGGUACUUGUGGAUUUGAUUGGCCACGCUCAUGAAGCGGGUACGGUCACUUCCACCAAAAAACUCAUGGAAGAGCUGCGCGCGCAUCAGAUUGAGCUGCGCGCACAUCGUCAGCCAGCUCACAUGAUCCUGCUCGAGCUCGCCCGCCAAUUAAGUGCCGUCAACUUCCAGCGGCACGAGUAUUUUCGCCUUGACACGUUUACCGACGACGGGUUCAGCCAAUGGCGCAGCAGCGAGUCGCUCCGUUUGACGCGCCUCAUGCAGCGUCUGCGUGAGCAUCCUGACCUUGUUCAUACCCCGGCACCAACACCUCGCGACGGCGAUUUUCACGGGUCACAAACAUACAUGCUCCAUUAUGCCUGUCUCUUUCGUGCCUGUCUUGUUGCCGACCAGUCACUUUUCACACACCUUCAACCAGACCUCUCGUAUCCCGCGCAAUCUCUGCUGCGCGAGUACGCACUGCAGUAUGGGAUCGAUGACACCCACGCUGCGCUCGUCCAAUUGCGGGCGCUGAGCGAUCUGUUCAUGCUUUCUGAGCCCUUUCUCUUGCGCCUCCACGAUGCUCUACAAGCCGUUCUUUUUCUGCACUGGCCACCCUUGAUGAAUGCCCAGACUGGAAUACCCUUGCUCCAGGAAGGGCAAAGUCCCAGCACUAGGGCGGCCAGCUCCAAGCAUGAGUCGACGGGCGCUCAGAACGAGGCACGGCCCUUCAAUAGUGCCGAGCUGAUUGAGCUUGAGGUUGCCGUCAACGCCAUCUACCAUGAUAUCACUCAAGUGCUGCAUACGCUCUUUGACUUUUUCCCUUCCCCAGCCGAAGCAGGGUCCCUGCGCUUGCUAAUCUCCAGUCUGGGCGUUGUUCUCAAAAUCCUGGCACAUCACUCCUGGACGCCUCUGCAGAUGACCAGUGCGAGCGGCGAAUCCGUUGCGCCAGCGACGCUUGAACUGACAGAGCAGGUCGCUCAGGCUCUGGAUGCAGCAAUGCAGCACCGCUUUCAGCGCUUGCUCAAUGCCGUUCAUGGCCUUGACGUUAUGUCCGCUUCAGCUACGUUGAGCAGCGACGGCCCGCUACGAGCUGCCGUGCCAGGUUCGCUCUCAGAGAGCCGGCACCGCCUUCGUGCCCCACCGGCAGCCAGUCCUGCUUAUGGAUCCCCCACGAUAGGCAACGGCAGUGUGACGGGCCGCGAGCGAACAGACAGCUUUGGCCCCACGAGCGGGCCCCCAGCAGCCGUCACAACCGCCGCCGCCGCCGCUGCUGCCUCUGUAGUGGCUGCAGCAGUGCCUGAAACUGCUUCGUCGUUAGUGGACCAGCCCCCUCGAGACCACUUUGAAGGACGACGCCGUUCGCAGCGCUUGGUCGAGCUGCACCAGGUCUCAGGACAGCAUCUACAACAGCUCUUGGCCAUGCUGGGCCCUGAUCUGCAUCAACUUGUGCAGCAGUGGUCUGCUUGGUGGCCAGCCUACGACUGGGCGCAUCGCGCCCCUCAGGUUUAUCUUUGGCAAUUCCACGAGCUCAUGCACUCCCAUCAGACCAGUGUCACGGCUUUUGAUCAUUCAGACUUUAUUGAUGCGCGCUUGGUGGGAUUGCUUGCGCAGACAGCAUCCUUUUUGCGUGGAAUCUCUUCCAGCACAAGGUUGGAAGAUAUCGAGCGUACCGAAGCUAUUUUUGAACCGCUCAUCAUUCGAUGGCUUGGCCGCAUCCAAGUGCACUCCGAGCAGACGUUGGCCACAUGCUUUCGCGCCAAUGAAAGCUUUGUUCGCGUCUUUGACCUGCGCGCCUCGGUUGACCUCCUGGCCUCAGGCCUGGACCUGACCCAUGCUGUCAGUGCCCUCCUGCGUGCUGGCAUGUCUCUCUGCGAGCUCUUCUCGACUUCUCAAGCCGCCGUCAUGGCUCGUCAGCUGAACAUGGCCGCCGGCGAGCUUGUCCGCAACUACAUGCUCCUGCUGCUGUCCAUCGACUAUGUGCACAUUGCCAAAUGCCUCGAGGCUGACCUGAAUGAGGACUUUAAUAUCCGCGUCAACGCCAACGAUGAUCGCCAGCUUCCUGACCUUUCCUUUGCAGGCCAACGCACCACCUGGUUCGUCUUUGAUCAUCCACACAACAAAGCCACUGCCUACGACUUUGGUUUGCACAAGUCCAGCCCUGAUACAAGCCAAGCUGGUGAGCGAGCCAGCACAAACCUCGAGGUGUGGCAGGAGCUGCCUGGCGAAGCCAUUGACCGCGGUGAAACGCCACUAUUGGAUCUGGCACGUCCCCUCGUGGAGCGACGGCGGUGUCGACUCCAGGCUCAAGAAGCAAGCGCGCCUGGCACUGGCCGGGCUUCGCUUGCUGACAACAAUGGUCUCGCCAAAGAUCUGAGUGACCUGGACCUCUAUGCCUCUGCACGAGAUGGUGUGGGCAGCGAGCCCUUCAGCAGCAACACGACCUCGCCCAUGCGAUCACCACGUGCGCAACAGCGCUUUUUCGGUCAACGCAGCCGGGACCAGCCCCCAACACGCCGUGAACGCCCGAGCAUCAAGCGACGUGGUGGUGUCAGCUCAGAGGACACGGGCUACGUGAGCACGCAACGGCAUGGCGGCCCACUUCCGCGAUCCGCUGCCACAACCCGCCCAGCCUCGCCGCAUCUGUCAGAUAUUGACAGCGCUUUUGGCGGAGACGGCGCUCAUUCCACCACCUCUGAGCUGCUGACCAAAUCUCUACCGGGACAAAUGGGGCUACAUCAAGUGAUGCCUGAUGUCUCUGUUCGAUUGGCAGAUGGGGAGAGCGAUGCUUCCAGUCAGCGCAUGGUUCGCCUGUCAGCAGAGCAGCUUGCUGGGCCCGCCAUGAUGCAGGCCUCGACAUUCUUCCAGGCCGUUGCGCUAUAUGGCACAUUUCCAAACAGUGCCCUGCAGUAUGCCAUGGAUCUUUUGGGUCCUGUGCAGAUGUAUGCCGUGGAUCCAAACGCGUGCGCACGUUUGUCCACGCUGUGUGCAUGUCAACGCCUGAUGCGGCACUUUGAUGCUCGAUUCGCCCAGCUGCUCAAGGAUCGUGAAAUCUCAUUCACAUUGGAGGAUGACAGCAUUCACCGCUACUUGGACGGCAUUGUCAACUAUUUGGCUGGCAUUCUCUUGGAACGCACAACAACGUACCUCUAUGGGGCGUUUCGCAUUUUGCUGUUGAACACCACCCUCAAAGCGCUUUCAACCGCUGAUCGCUGGCGUCCCAUCACCCGGUACCUGGAGGCACAGCUGGAAGACUUUCGCAUGUAUUGCAGUCCAGCUGCCUACCAGCUUUUUCUAAAGCGCCUGUGGCGCCGAACCAUUGAUGCGCUCAUGCGCGGCGAAUCUCUCGAACCGAGUGCCGUGUUCGCCGUCAUGCAGCAACACGCUGUCAUUUUGCAUGAUGCUGUAGAGCAUAUAUUGGAAUUUUUUGCUCGGAUUGAGCCCAAGCUCUGUCCUCUUGAGGAGCUCAAAGCAUCAACCAGCAACGUGGUCAUUAUCCUGUGGCUCUUGAAGCUGCAAACACCCACUCUCUUGGCCGUGUUUCAGCGUCUCUCCGUGUAUCAACUUGGCCUGGCGGUGGGUAUUGGCGAGAACACGCUCGGCAACUCGCUCUUUUGGGCAAGUCCAACUUUGCCAGGGCUGUUCUCCCCGCUAGCUCUGCUGCAAGCUUUUAGCCAGCGGCCCGCUUCCGAGCGCACUGUCGGCCUGGCCAGUCGAACGAUUGUAGCAUGUCUGGCGCUCUGUGCCAAGGAGUUUGAAUGCGCUUCAUAUUCUAGUCCAGCCCAAGCUUUGAUUCAUGCGGAAUACGUCGUUUCGGCUCUCAAUGUCGUGGUGGCCUUGCUGCGGGAUAUUCUCUUGGCUGAUGGCCUUCUUCGCUCGCGCGGCCUCUUCUUUGUCAACGAGCUCUGUUUACGCGGCCCGUACGACCCCAGCCAACUGCACUGGUGCCGAUUGUCCGAGACCAAGGAUCUGGUUUCCUGGAUUCAAGAGCAUGGACGCUUUGGAGGGCUGCUUUUCAAAGAUAUGAAUGAGGACAGCCUGCCACAACAGGAUUUUCCUCUUCUUUCCCUUGAGCGGGCACAAGAAUCGGACAUUCGCAUGUGUCAAAUCGAAGACAUAUUGCAGAUGUUUUCUACGCCGACGGCUUUUACAGAUCCAGUAGCUGAGAAGUUUCCCGACCUCAAACUCGGUGAUCUGGUUGUGCGCGUGGCUCGUCGGCCCAACCUGCCACCCGAUAUCACGUCUCGACCUCAAGCCCUGCUGCUGUGCUCGCACGACUGCUUGUAUGCCACGGACGAUGCGCCAACGCGCCGAUAUCGUGACCACUCGGAUGCCCUGUAUCGAUUUCGCCUGGAUAACUGCGAGGACCCACAAUCGCUUAAAUCCUUUAACCGGACUCCCGGGCAGGGCUUUGAUGCCGUGUUGCAAUCACCGCCCAUUGCAAGUUCGUCGGGCCCAACGUCGCGUACGCACGGUUUGCGCUGGAAUGCCACAACUUUGGACGCCAAGUCCUUUACGGGUGUCAUUGUAAAGUGGCCGCUUCUGGCGCACAUGCUACACGGGCUGGAAGUUUCUCUGCCUGUAUGCCAGCCAGAUGAGCUCAAGAGCCAGCUGCAGAUGACUUUGCGGGGCCGCCCGAAUGACCCUUUUGCGCUUGUUUUCUUGACGAGCCUUCCACAUCCCCCGGCCGAUGUCAGCUGA